UACAGGAACUCAGUCAAAGUAACUUCACCUCCCCCAUUUUCUGGGUUGAUGGCUACACGGCGAAUGAUUUUAAACUUGAACUGUGAACUGUGAUGGUAGCUCUUUCUCGCGAAUUCUCCACUGCGAGGUCUCUGGUUUAUAUCUCCAAACAACUCGACCAACUGCGACUGCAACAUCAACCACCACGACAACCAGCUGAACCCUUUGUUCCCUUCUCUCAGCUUAUACACCAAAGGAAGCUCUUAGAAUCGCGACUCAUCUCCACGCUCGAUGGCUGCACCCAUCUCUCCCAAAUCAAGCAAGUCCACGCUCACAUUCUCCGCAACCAACUUCAUCAAUGCAGCUACGUCCUCACCAAGCUCAUUCGUAUGCUCACCAAACUUGAUGUCCCUAUGGAUUCUUAUCCCCGCCUUGUUUUUGAGCAGGUCAGAUACCCCAAUCCAUUUCUUUGGACUGCUCUCAUUCGUGGAUAUGCUCUUCAAGGGCCACUACAGGAGUCCAUUUCCUUAUAUAUUUGUAUGAGGAAGGAAGGUACUGGGCCUGUGUCUUUUACUUUCUCGGCGCUUUUUAAGGCUUGUAGUGCGGUUCUUGACGUGGGUUUGGGUCGGCAGAUUCAUGCCCAGACAAUUUUAAUUGGUGGGUUUGCUUCUGAUUUGUACGUCGGCAAUACAAUGAUUGAUAUGUACAUCAAGUGUGGUUCUGUGAAUUGCGGGCGUAAGGUAUUUGAUGAAAUGUCUGAGAGGGACGUAAUUUCUUGGACGGAGCUUAUUGUUGCUUAUGCCAAGAGUGGGGAUAUGAAGAGUGCAGGUAACUUGUUUGAUGGGUUGCCUGUCAAGGAUAUGGUCGCAUGGACGGCCAUGGUCACUGGUUUUGCUCAGAAUGCUAAGCCUAGGGAGGCCCUGGAAUUCUUCGAGAGAAUGCAAGAUUCGGGUGUUCAAACUGAUGAAGUAACGUUGGUUGGUGUCAUCUCAGCAUGUGCGCAGUUGGGUGCGGCUAAGUACGCUGAUUGGGUUCUGGAUGUUGCCGAAAAAUCUGGUAUUGGACCUACUCACAAUGUUGUAGUUGGAUCAGCAUUGAUAGACAUGUACUCAAAGUGUGGGACGGUGGAUGAAGCAUAUAAGGUUUUUCAAGUGAUGAAGGAGAGGAAUGUGUUUUCUUAUAGUUCGAUGAUUGUGGGGUUUGCAACGCACGGUCGUGCUGAUGCAGCCUUGGAGUUGUUCCAUGAGAUGCUGAAAACAGAGAUAAAACCAAACAAGGUUACGUUUAUUGGAGUUCUUAUAGCAUGCUGUCAUGCAGGAAUGGUGGAACAAGGCCGUCAAAUAUUUGCAUCCAUGCAGAAAUAUUUUGGUGUUGCUCCAUCAGCAGAUCACUAUGCUUGCAUGGUUGAUCUCCUUGGUCGAGCUGGACGCUUGGGGGAAGCCCUUGAGUGUGCGGAAACAAUGCCAAUCGAGCCUCAUGGAGGUGUCUGGGGAGCAUUGCUUGGAGCAUGUCGCAUCCAUGGUAAUCCAGAUAUUGCUCAAAUUGCUGCUGACCAUCUCUUUGAGCUGGAACCCAAUGGUAUUGGAAAUUACAUCUUGCUUUCCAACAUAUAUGCAUCAGCUGGGAGGUGGGACGAUGUUUCAAGGGUAAGGAAGCUGAUGAGAAUAAUGGGGUUGAAAAAAACUCCUGGAUAUAGCUGGAUGGAAGCAGAAAAAGGGGUAAUUCAUAAGUUCUUUGCAGGGGAUAUGACCCAUCCGAUGUCCGAGGAGAUUAAACAGGCCUUGGAGGAUCUGCUAGAGAGAUUGAAGGCAAUUGGGUACCAGCCUAACCUAAAUUCUGCCCCGUAUGAUAUGAAUGAUGAACAAAAGGAGGCUAUAUUGAUGAAUCACAGUGAAAAGCUUGCUUUGGCUUUUGGCCUGAUCAGUACGGAUGCUGGUUGUACCGUGAGGAUUAUGAAGAAUCUAAGAAUAUGUGAGGAUUGCCACUUGGUAAUGUGUGGUGCAUCUCAAAUCACAGGAAGAGAGAUUAUUGUGAGGGAUAACAUGAGAUUCCACCAUUUCCUUAAUGGGACAUGCUCCUGUGGCAGUUUUUGGUGAUUGUAAGGUGAUAGCCAAGAAUCUCUUUGGUCAUUUAGCCCUGCCAAAUGCCAAGAACCUGUUGUGGUAUAUUUGUACGAGGCCUACAAGCCAGUAAGGAAUGUCUUGACACAAAUAUUUUUAAAAAACAGGAUUAGUUGCCCACUGGGUAAAAUAAUUUAUCACAAAAUUUCUCCAUUUUUUGUUCAAUUAUCAAACUUCAAAUACCUGAUAAAAAAAUCUUUUAGCUUGAAAUUUUUUUUUAUCGGCUGUUUGCUUCCAUUUUGUAAAUCUGAUCUUUCCAACUAUUACCUCUGUUUUACCG